AUGGGUGAAGCACGCGCAACCACACAGAGGCAGAUCAACGCAGAAGCUAUGCGGAGCGGCAGCAAGGAAGAGAAUCCCCGCAUGGCUCUGCUCAGGAGCACGUUGGAGAAUCUGCAUACCAAGAUCGUGGGGGUGGAGGAAAUGAUGACCCAACUCUUUUCAGGCGUCUUUUUAGAAGACCGCUACCUCAAGUACCUGGGCUGGGCUCUCAGUGACCAGGAGUCGGUUGUGAGGCAGAGCAGUCUGCAGGCACUCAAGGCGUUGUACGAGGAUGAGGACUGCAUUGGCGCGCUCAGCCUCUUCUCUGAGCGCUUCUCCCCGCGCAUCAUCCACAUGGCUGAUGACGUGGACGCCAGCGUGGCAGUGACCUCCGUCCAGGUUGCAGCACUCCUGCUGAGGCAUCAGCUGAUACACUUGGAUGAGGUGCGGCCAGUGCUGGAGCUAAUCACAGACGAUCUGAGGGCUGUGCGCCUGGUGGUGGCGGACCUCAUAGCAGACCACUACCUCCCAGCCAAAGUGGCGGAAGCUCCUCAGACCUCCAAAGACGAUGCAGGAGUGAAGGGAAAGCACGACGGGCAGCUGCAGCCGCUGUUGGAUCUGGUGGGGGAGUUCACCAGCAGUGACGCCCACAUGGAGAUGCUUGUGGACGCUCUCUGGGACAAGUGCAGAGUGCUGCAGGACUGGAAGCUGAUGGCCAAGUCUCUCCUGGCCGACCAGGCAGGGGCACACGGGAAGGGCAAGAGGAGGGAGGUGAACGGGGAGUCUCUCUCCCUCUGCCGCCUGCUCCUUGCGUGCGCUGAGCGCGGCACUGCCGCUGGGAUUCACUCUAACCGUGGGGAUGCUGCUGCUGGGCCUGGGAGGUUUCCUGGGAAGGUGAAAGCCGCGUUUGGGUCCCCCAGUUCAGCCCACAAGACUCCUUCGAAGAAGCAGCAGGAGGGAGCAGCAGUAGUGCAAGGCGAGAUGACAGGAGCACUCAUGAAGCACCUUCCCGGCAUCAUCACUCGCUUCCUGCCCGACACGGAUCAUCUGCACAUCGUGCUCUCCAUCGCCCCUCUGCUGCAGUUCGACCUCUUCGCCACGCGCCACCAGGAAGCUAGCUUCACGAGCCUUAUGGCAGCUCUACACGAUGCGUUCCUACGCCAUACUUCAACGCCCAUUCUCGACGCAGCCAUUGCUGCGGCAGCAGCAGCAGUGGAAACGGCGCCUGCAGAGCUCAAGGAGGAGGCGCAGCGUUUAAUCGAGGACCUGGCGAGUGUCGUGCUGCAGCAGCUGGAUGAAGCUGUGAAGACGUUUGAAGAGGAUGACGAUAGCAGCGUGGGCGCUGAUGGUGACUUUGACCGUCUACUGGCCUCGCUGUCGCGGCUGCAAGCGCUGCAGCUGGCAGGGCAGAGCAUGCCAGCAAGCAUCACAGACACCCUGCAGAAAAUCAUCUCCAACCCACUCAUGGUGUCGUCUGAUGAGGUUCAAGCAGAGGCGCUCACGUGCUGCUUCCUUGAUGUGGUCGCAAGCUACGGAGACAUCACCGCGGAAGGCGUGAGCGAGAAAGACACAGCUGAUACCACAGCGGACAUCACUCGAGUGGAUGUGCGCCUGCGAUUCCUGCUCCUGCACCUGGAAACAUCCAUCAAAAGCAUCUCUUCCUCUUCGUCCUCGCACCAGCUGCCCACAGCAGCUCGCACCUUCAAUAACAGGCGCGCUUCUGGGCGAAGUGGGGCCAAGGGGGCAUCGAACACAGGCGCCAAGUCCAUGCUGGUGCACCUGUGCUCGGACGUGUGGUCUGUAUUCUCCCCAUCCAAGCUGAACGGCACGCCCAUGCAAACCCUGGCAUCUGCGCCCUCUGCUUCCACUGUGGAGGCCUUCUGGCAGGCAUGCCUUGGCAUUAUUCACACCUGCUCGAACGGUCAUGGGGAGCAGCUAUCGAAUGGGGAUGUGGCGGUGAUUGCAGCAGCCAAGCUCAUAGCCGGAGGCCUUCUACCGCCUGCAUACGAGCGGCAUCUAAGGGAGAUCGGAGAGGACGAGGACAAGGAGGCAGACAUGGAGUCGUACCUCAUCUGCAAGGACCUCACCCCGCAGCUGCUGCUGCUCUGCGGGGGCCCAGCAGCAGUGCGCGGGGCAGCUGGCAGCGGCAGCAGGUUGAGCGAUGCGGUGCAAAUGGUGUUGUCUGCGGUGGUGAGGGAUGGAGCUGGGUUCGUGCUGGAGGAUCCGAGGAGGAGGAUGCUGUUUGUGGAUGUUGCAGUGCUCGGGUUUGCGAGGAACCUCAAGCCAGCCACUGCUGCUCCAAUCCUUGCUGAGCUUAAAACGCGUACAGCCCACCUCGACAUGGAGGACGAGCCCCAGCUCUGGCGCCCUCUGCUCACCCUGCUAGACUGCCUGGAGGGCAAGGCUGGUAACCACAAUGGUAACCACACGGGGGCUGGUGGACAGGCCAAUGGAGCAGCAAGGAACGGGCAGGGAGGAGGAGAGGGUGGGGAGGACGCAGGAGAGGAGGAGGAUGACGUCAUGCCAACUAUGACGCCGCCCAGAGUGAAUCAGCGCGUGGCUAAGCGUCACAAGAAGAAGCCUGCGCUCAAGACCAUGCGGCGCAGGCCCCAGGGAGCAGAAGCUGAGACGGGAACAUCUGACGAAGAUGAUCCAGGGAACACGUUCGGAGGAGGAAGGGCAACGCGCAGAGAUGAAGGGAGGGAUUAUGGCAGCAGGGAGCCGCGUGGUGGCAGAAUCGGUGCAAUGUACAAGGAUGCUGGUGUCAACGCUUCACAUGACCCUGAACCAACUGCGGCUACUGUGCCUGCUGCUGCUGCUACGUCUGAUGCGGCUGAUAUUGAUGGUGAGGAUGGUAGCGGUGGUGACAAUACACGUGGACUGGAUUCUGCUGGGGCAGCGGCGCCAGCAGCAGCAGCCAGUGGCAGGGGGCUGGUGUCAGCAGUGACGUAUUCACGCAAGAGGAAACUGGCUGCGAACAGACAGAGGGAGGAUGAGGAAGACAAGAGGAGUGAGGGAGAGAUGGGGGUUGCGGAAGAGAAGAGGGAUGAGAGAGAGGAUGAGGGAGAGAAGGUCGGUGAUGGAGAGAAAGGUUUAGGAGGGGACAAGGAGGCCGAGGUGGACAAGGCGGAUGCAGCAGCCAAGGAGGAUGACGGAGGGGCGUGGGACAUUUUCAAAGAUGAUGAUGAGGAAGAGGAUAGGCAGAGCGCAGAAGAGACUAUGGUUGGGACGCAAGGAAGGAAGGAGGCUGCUGGGGAGGCUAUUGCUGAGAGUGCUCCUUUUGAUGCUAUGGAUACCGCAGAAUCUGAUGAGGAAGAGAUUAAGGCGUCCGGAUCAGGCAAGGGUGCCGCGAGUGCUGAUGAGACUGGUGGGAGCAGCGGCGGGAGCAGAGGAGGUGGGAGCGAUGGGGAUGAGUGGGAAGAGAUCGAUAUGCGAGAGAUGGAGACGAGGCGGCUUAGUGAUGCUGCUAAGAAGGCGGAGUUGGAGCUGCAAGAGAAGAGAGAGGCCGAGAGGGAGAAGGAGAAGGAGAGGGAGAGGGAGAAGGAGAGGGAGAAGGAGAGGAAACGGAAGGAGAAGGAGAGGGAAAGGGAGAUGGAGAUGGAAAGGCAAGUAAGGGAGGAGAGAGAGAGGGUACGGAAGGAGGAGAGGGAGAAGGUUCGGAAGGAGAAGGAGAGGUUGAAGGAGCAAGAACAAAAAGAGGAGAGGGAGAGGGAGCGGAAGGAAAAGGAGGAGAGGGCGAGGGAACGGAAGGAAAAGGAGGAGAGGGAAAGGGAACGGAAGGAGAAGGAGAAGGAACGGAAGGAUAAGGAAGAGAGGGAGAGAGAACGGAAGGAAAAGGAGAAAAGGGAGAAAGAGAGGGAACGAAAGGAAAGGGAGGAGAGGGAGAGGGAACGGAAGGAGAAGGAGAAGGAAAGGGAGAGGGAGUGGAAGGAGAAAGAAAGGGAGAGAGAACUGCAGCAGAGGAAGAUGGAGAGGGAGAGGAAACAAAUGGAGGAAAGGAAGAGGGAGAAGGAGAGAGAACAAGCGGAGGCGAGGGAGAGGGAGAACGCACACAGCCGGAAGCAACAGCAGCAGCAGCAGGGAGUGGAUGCAGAGAUGGAUCCAGCACCAGUGAGCGUGGCCUAUGAGCGCAAGAGGAAGCGAGCUCAGGAUGUAAACCAGGAGAGAGGUGAGGAGGAGAUGCAGGCCGGUCAGCAGCAGAAGCAGGCUGUGACGACAUACACACGUGCGAGGAGGCAGGGGGGUGCUAGCGUGGAAAAUAAGGCUUCUGACGUGGACAAGAGAGGUGCAGGGACGGAGGGCGAGAAGCAUGAGAUGGGGCGGGGAUUGGGAAGGGAGGGUGUGAGAGGAGCUGGAGUGAGGGAUGCGAGAGAGGAGCAGAAAGAGGAGGUGGUGACAACUGUGGCGAAUAUCAUGCUGCUGGAUUUGAGUGAUGAGGAGUGCUCCCUGUCGCCCUUGGAGCUUGGUGGAAGGGAGAGUCAGGAGAGGGGUGAGGUUGCUGUGUCUGCUGCGCGCUGGGGUAAGGAUGUGAGGGGUCAGGUGGUUCAGGAGCAAGGUGCUGGUUGUAGGAGCGCUGGUGUGAAACCUGCUGCUGCUGCUGGUGCUUUUGGUGGUGCUUCUGGUGGUGCUGCGGCUGCUGCCGCCGCUGCUUGUGCUGGAAUAAGGAGAAAGGUGAUGGAGAAGGAAUCAGAAAGCGAGGAGGAAGAGGAGGGGGAUGAGGAAGAUGAGGAGGAGGAAGAGGACGAGGAAGCGGAAGGUGAAGAGGAGGAAUCGACAGAGGGUGACAGCACUGAGGGUGAGGAGGAGGAAGAAGAGGAGAAUGCGCAAGAGGUUGCUGUGAAGGUUCCAGACGCAAGAUUUGCAGGGAGGGUGGUUGCAGAAGCAAGAACCAAGGCGCAGGGUGAAGUUGGGACCAAGGAACAGAGCCUACAAGCUGCUGCUGCUGCUGCUGCCCAGGGUCAGAGAGGACGGGAAGACCCUGCUGCUGGUAAAGGCGCAUCUGGUAAUGUGUUAGAGAGAGCGGUUGCAGCCCGGCAAGAGAGGAGCAUGGUGAUGGAAGUUGAGGAUGUGGAGGAGGAUGAUGAGGAAUCUGAUGAGGAAGACGAGGAGGAGGAAGAGGAGGGGGAUGAGGAUGAGGAGGACGGGGAGGAUGAGGAGGACGAAGAGGAAGAGAGUGACGAAGGGAUGGAGCAGGAGGGGAGGAGGGCGCAGGGAGGAGAUGUGCAGAGCAGGAGCAGGCAGGUAGAGCAGGGGAUGCGGCCUCUUAGGCCUGUUGAAGCCGCAGCAGCCGGGGGAGCAGCAGCAGCUGCAGGUAGAGGAGGAUCAGUGGCAGGAAAGGCAGCCCAGGCUGGGAGCAAUGCGGCUGUUGGUGCUGCUGCAGCCAGGGUUCCAGGGGUGGUGAAUGGUGGGGUGGCCGGUGGUCUUGGUGUGGGGGGAGCGAGUGGAAGGGGGCAGAUGGAGAUAAGUAUAGAGGAUGGGAGCGGAGAGGAGGAAGAUGAGGAGGAGGAUGGGGACGAGGAGGAGGAAGAGGAGGGAGAUGAGGAGGGGAGUGAGGAGGAAGAGGAUGAAGAGGAUGAAGAGGGAGAUGAGGAGGAAGGGAGUGAGGGCGAGUGGGAGGAGACGAGUGUGGAUGGUUGUGCAUCUGUUCGGGCAGCGAGUCAGGCCAAGGAUGGUGCUAUGGCCAAGACAGGCAGGCAGGGAGAGGUUCCUGUGCAACGAAGAGAGGCUACUUCUGCUGACAUGACUGCUCGCAUGCGCCAACAGCAGCAGCAGAAGUUGCGGCUGAGUCAGCAGCAGCAGGAAAUUCGGCUGAGUCAGAAGGAUAUGCGACUGAAUCAGCAGCAGACAAUGAGGCUGAGUCAGCAGGAGGAUGUGCGGCUGAGUCAGCAGGAGAUGCGAUUGAGUCAGCAGCAGGGAAUGCGGCUGAGUCAACAGGAGGUGAGGAUGAGUCAGCAGGAAACGCGAAUGAAGAAGCAGCAUGACGUGCGGCUGAGUCAAGAGGAAGUGAGGCUGAGUCAGCAGCAGCAAGAGAUGCGGUUGAGUCAGCAGGAACUGCGACUAAGUCAGCAGCAGCAGCCGGAGGUUCGGCUGAGUCAGCAGGAACUGCGACUGAGUCAGCAGCAGCAGCGCGAGCAGCAGAUGCGUGAGAGAAUAAGGCAGCGGCAGCUGCAGCUGCAGCAACAGCAACAACAGCAACAGCUGCAGCAGCAGCAGCAGCAGCAGCAGCAGCAGCUUCAAGCGAGGAUGAGGCAGCAGCAAGAGGUGGAGCUUCGCCAGAAGCAGGGUCACGACCAGAAGCAGAGGGGCGAGGGGACCAAGAACAUGCAGGAUGUUGUAGAGUUGUCAGAUGACAAUGAUGAUGAGGAUGACGAGGAUGAGGAGGAAGAUGGGGAUGAGGAGGAAGGAAGCGGGGAGGAGGAGGGUGGGGAGGAAGAGGAUGGGGAGGAUGAGGAGGAAGGUGAGAGCGAGGAUGGGGACGAGGAAGAAGAAGAGGAGGAUGAUGACGAUGACGACGAUGAUGAUGAGGCGAUGGCGUCGCCGCAGCUGCAGCCGCGGCCGCCUGUCGCCGGGGGAAUGGCGGAUUCGAGCCGGCCCGCAGCCGUGAACCAGGGCUACAGCCUCGCGUCCUCGUGGGAACACAACGCACCACUGUCAGAGCGACAGCUGGCGACAAUCGCGAUGCUCGCGAAUGUGGCUGGUAACCGCUCCCUGCCGCCCCAUCUGGAAGGGGAUGGGAAGGAGGGGCGGGAGGAGAGCGCAGCGACAGCAGCAGGCGCAGUGGGGGGAGAAGGGGGAGCGGACGAUGGGGAGGAGGGCGAGGAAGAGAGCGAUAUGCUGUUGCUAGUCAACAGCCACCAGUUUUACAAGUGGCAUUCAGACCUUGAAACAGCAAUGAAGUCAGAGACAGAGGAGAAGUACCGGCAGUAUGUGUGUGUGCUGGAAACACAUCUGCAGACGUGCGACCAUAUUCUCAUACAGCUGGACAGCACCCUGGCGCAGUUUGACGAGUUGCAGGCGCAGCACCGGGGAGUGGCGAGCAAGACGCGCACGCUGCACGACGCGUGCGAGCGGCUGGUGGCGGACAAGGAGCGCCUGGUGGAGUUCGCUGAUGCCCUGCGCUCAAAGCUCAACUACUUUGAGGAGCUCGAUAAGAUCACGGGUCGGUUCCACUCGGCAUCCAUGAGUGUGAGCAGCUCGCACUUCCUGCCUCUGCUCAAGCGCCUCGACGAAUGCAUCACCUAUGUUGCCUCCAACCUUCAAUAUGCAGAUGCCAAUAUCUACCUCGUCAAGUUCAGACAGCUGCAGUCGAGGGCGCUUGGAAUGGUUCGGUCCCACGUGCUCUCGGUUCUUAGAGCAGCUGCCAAUCAGUCAAACUCCUCCCCGCUCCUCGCCCUUCUCCACUCCACUUCCCCUCCCUCUUACCCCUUUUUCCCCCUCCUCUCCCUUCCCUUUUCCUCCCCUUCUUUUCCUCUUCCCCCCUUCCCCCGUUCCCCCUUUCCCCCCUUCUCCCCCCCCCCCCCCCAAUCCGCUUGUCAGGUGCUAGCGGCAAUGAAAGAGAGCGGGGUGCCGUUGGGGGCGAGGGGGUCGGGGGGAGGCAUAUCGGAGGGCGCAGAGACUUCUCUCCUCUAUGUCCGCUUCAAGGCGGCUGCUGGGGAGCUGAAGCCACUGAUGGAGGAGAUGGAGGGGAGGGCGUCCAGGAGGGAGUACUCACAGCUGCUCUCGGACUGCCACACCAUCUACUGCGAGCAGCGCCUUGCUCUGGUGCAGCCAGUGGUGCAGCAGCGCAUCACAGAGUUCGCCAGGAGGGAAACGCUACCCACACUCACUCGCUCCGGAUGCGCCUACCUCAUGCAGGUGUGCCAGUCGGAGCAUCAGCUGUUCGACCACUUCUUCCCAGCCACCUCUGCAGAUACCUCCAACCUCGCCCCUCUCAUCGACCCCCUCUGCACGAUCCUAUACGACGCCCUGAGGCCACGCUUCAUCCACAGUGCGGACGUGGACGUGCUGUGUGAGCUCGUAGACAUCGUGCACGCCGACCUGCUGCACCACCACCUGCCGCGCCGGGGCGAGUGGGUCGCCGCGCUGCGGCCCACCAUUGCCAGGAUUCUCGCGGAUUUGAGGCAGAGGCUGAUCUUCCGAGCUCACACGUUCAUGCGGGACGAGAUCUCCAACUACGUGCCCACCAGUGACGACCUGGACUACCCUGGCAAGCUACAGCGAGCGGCUGCUAAGUCUGCUGCUGCCGCCGCUGCUGCUGCACAGGAGGGUGACCCACAGGCAGCAGGAGCGGAGGAGCAAGGAGGGGACUCGUACGCAGGGUGGUACCCCCCUCUCGAGAGCACACUUGCAUGCCUCUCCAAGCUCUACCGCUGCGUGGAUGCUGAUAUCUUCACAGGGCUCGCUCAGCUCUACCGCUGUGUGGAUGCUGAUAUCUUCACAGGGCUCGCUCAGCGUGCCAGCAAGGUGGUGGCACGCAAGGCGAGUCCCAUGGAUGGGCAGCUGUUCCUCAUCAAGCAUCUGCUCAUUCUCAGGGAACAGAUCGCCCCCUUCGAUGUGGAGUUUGCAGUCACUAUAAAAGAACUGGACUUCGCACACACACUGGAUCACUUGCGGCGAGUGCUGAGAGGCCAGGCGUCCUUCCUCAGCCUCACCUCAGGCGAAUCCUUCCUGCGCUUCUCCCCCCGGGUCACCGAGAGCCACAUUGACGCCAAAAAGGAGUUGGAGAAGCUACUCAAGACCACAUGUGAGCAGCUCAUCAUGUCUGUCACCAAGCUUACAGUCGAGCCCAUCCUCUCCUUCAUCACCAAGGUCACAGCGGUCCGUGUCGCAGGGUCAGCUCUCGCCCUCAAGGCCAGAGGAGGGGAUGCAGCAGCAGCAGCAGGAGGGGACGGGCAUGCAGGGCAGCGCGUGCUGAGGGAGCAAGCAUUUGCCUCACCAGAGAAGCUGGCUCAAGUGGUGAAACAGGUGGACGAGGCUCUCAAGGUGGCGCUGCCAGAUGUGGUCGCCAACAUGGCCCUCUACCUGCCACACGCUGCCACUCGCGCCAUCCUCUUCCGACCCAUCAAGUCGAACAUUCUAGAAGCGCAUGCGCAGCUGCAGUCUCUGGUGGAAUCAGAGUACACAGAGGAGGACAGGGCAGUGGUGCGGUUGACUCAGGUGCGGUUGACUCAGGUGCGGUUGACUCAGGUGCGGUUGGCUCAGGUGCGGUUGACUCAGGUGUGGUUGACUCAGGUGCGGUUGACUCAGGUGCGGUUGACUCCGGUGCGGUUGACUCCGGUGCGGUUGACUCAAGUGCGGUUGACUCCGGUGCGGUUGACUCCGGUGCGGUUGACUCCGGUGCGGUUGACUCCGGUACAGUUGACGCAGGUGCGGUUGACUCAGGUGCGGUUGACUCAGGUGCGGUUGACUCCGGUGCGGUUGACUCAGGUGCGGUUGACUCAAGUGCGGUUGACUCAGGUGCGGUUGAAUCCGGUGCGGUUGACUCCGGUGGGUUGA